AUGGCGUCGGGUUAUCCAGUGCCGUAUUUCCUGGUGAUACUUCCGUUAUUUCUCGUCUCUUUGGUAUCAGGUAGGCCAGUGUUAUCUGCUACGAACUAUCCACAUGUUAUAGUGUCAUUUUUUUGCACUUUGGCUUGACACGUAAACAGAUACGAUUACAGUUGUCGCCCAUCGAGAUAGCUACAAUCUUGGACAAAAUAAAAUGGAAUAGCAAACCCUCUUCCUCCCCAAAUCAAGAAUGAAGCCGCGCAAAGGGCAAAAACGCACCAUUUUCCCAUCCUUGAUUUGGGCGGGGGGAGGGGGGUCUAGGUUUUCCAUUUAUUUUGUCCAAGAUUGUAGAUACCGUGUGGCACGAAAUUUUUGCGGGAGUUUAUUAUUGCGGAUUGGCGAUUUUUUGUGUUUUGCGGGAACUAAUUUUGGGGAUUAGGACAGAUUGGUUUUUCAAGCGUGGAAUUAAUUUUUGCAAUUUUCAGAAAGUACCAAGUACCCAGCAUUGAUAAUAUUUUCGUUUUUGUUGAGUACGUGCAAUAGAAAUACAUAUUUUCAAACAACAAGAACGCACUUACAGCGGCAUUGAGGUCUCUGGCGCCUGCUUGGAGAUUAUAUCGAGAAAUUAGGAGGCGAUUAAUUCUACGAGAAACAUGAUUUACUCGCUACGGGUUUUUUAUUUCCUACUUUAUCGAUUUCGAUACUUUUUAUUCGCUUUUGAAUUGAUUUAAUACGCGUGUUAGCGACGACCAAAAAUACCUCUCCGGUCGCAGGCUAUACGCGUGUGUAAAUACACGAAAAUUCAAGGGCCUCGAUUCCAGAGAAAUUACACUCAUUGCCAGAGAUUGAAAAAGUGAUCUACAUGGCACGUCUUUUCAAUCAUCGCCGAAAAUAAAUCGCAUGCUCACCACAAGGCUCAUUUGCAUACAAUGAAAGUUUACAACACCUGACCAUCGCAAUUUUGCUAAUUAAGAUUCUUCUUUUUUUUUUUUUCGACCACUCAGUAUUGUUCACUUUCUACAAAGUAAUCAACGCUUUCAAGCGAUAGAGUUCGUGGACCGACACAUUUCGGAAAAGCUCUAAAUCAAGAGAGAAUAAAGGGGACAGUGAAGGCAUCCCCCAUACAACCCUAUUCCAUAGGUAAUUCGUCUCGAGUUAUUUUUAGGACCAUAAAUCCCAAGGGGAAUUUGACAACAGCCAAUCACAUAGCGCGAAUGUGUUCCGCGUGGAUGACCCACGCUCAGAGACACGCGUCCUUCACAAAUUGACGCAGAAAAAAAUGGCGGAAGACGCGCAGAGCGAUAUUGCUAUUUGUUUUGUAGACGAAAACAACUAAGGAGAGAUUUCUGCUAAAGGUGUGUCAGCGAAACGGAAAUUAAAAGGAAUCACCUUUCCUCUCUUGCACUGUUUCACACUGUUUAUUAAUUAUGACAAAUUUUACAGAAAGCAAUAUCCACUGCCCGCAGUUAGCAGAUUAGCUAGUCGAGGCGAGCAGUAAUUACACGUAUGCAAUAGAUAUACAGAUAGAUCACAAGAAAGAUUAGAGAAAAAGAGUAGUGAAAUAAAUAAACAAAUAAAUAAAAAUAAAUUCAAUUUAAUUAAGUUUACAAUCAUGUACACAAAUAUAAGAAGCCGAGUUUUCAGGAAAUUUUUGUUAAUAUAUAGAUUUAGCCAGGGCUAAAAGCGAAGCUCCCUUUAAUAAAUUUGUAACUUAAAUCAAACAAUAAACUUUUAAUCCACAGAUCAGGGCACAUUCAUGUGACUUUUGAGGCAAAGGCUAAGUGAUUUUAGAGAACAACAAUUUGGCAUAUUAAUCAUGUUCGAUCACGGUAGAUUAGGCAGGAAAGUGUAUUGUAUUUGCAUUAGCUGUUGCAUCAUAAUGUGGCAUUCACCAGUCUCUCCAACAUUGCUCCGCUUGGAGAUCAAUAAUAGGACAACCCCGAAAUAUAAUACCAUGGAGGACCGGUGAAGCAGGCUAUUUUUUCCCGAAACCUCGAGUACACAUUAAGGGCAACAACAACUUGCCACAUGGUAAGUUUCAUGGAUUUUUAUUUCCAUUUUCUAGCAAAUUUCCAGACCUAAACUUCGCCAUGAAAUAAGCCGAACGUGACACUAACAGUGAGCCUGGGUUACCUGUGAUCAAAGCACGCGCUUCCUUUGCACAACAAAUUAUAGCGUUGACCACAUUAUAAAACGUUUUCAUGAAGAGAAUUCCAUAAUGCCGGGACUUUUCAGUUAGAAAACUCUGGUCCUAUGUGAUAUGCAGGGUAAUAAUUAUGGGCUUUUAGUGAAAACGAUAAAAAAAUUGCCAAAAUCACCUUUUCGGCCAGCCGGACGGGUUCUCACUUUUGACAAGCACUAAAUUGGCAGUGCGAUUAAAAGAGUUACCAUUUACGCUUCAACAUGGUAGAAAAUUUGUUAUAUUUAGGUUUUAUUUCCCUUUAUUUAUAAAACUGUUUGCGGUUUUGUUAUGUGUAAUCUUUAAAAGCGAGUGACAAUUUACGCGCGGCGUUUUAAGUAUUCCUGCAUGCGAUGUUUAUGUUCGAAACAACCGGCGCAGCGAUAAAAAUUGCGAGGGGGAUUACUAACAAUCAAUAAAAUCAAUAUAAUUCGGUGAAACAUGUACAGACACAAUAAUUUUCAUUCGCGAAGACAAGUAUUGACAGGAAAGUGUCUCUGAAAAUCAUGAGUCAGGUAAGCAUAAGUUUUUUUGUGUUUUAAGCCGGCUUCCCGGUGUUUGCUCUUUUUCAAGAUGAACUCGAGGCAAGAAAAUCGCUCAGAGCUUUCUGUUUACAGCCAAAACCAGAACUAAAUAUUCUUCUCAACCUUUUCUUUGAAUUCGCGGUCAAAACAAUGUCUAAAGGCUUUUUAAAGAUGAUACUAUUGUGGAUUAGAUCAUUGCUCGUGUAUAAACUUAAGCCGCAUAAACCAUACGCUCGACUUAAGGAAACCGAAAAAAAAAAAAACACAUCAAAGACAAUAAUUGCUCAGGCUUACCAGUCGAGAUGCUGCUUCUGAAAGUCAUCAAGUGUUCCAGAAUCGCUUGGGACUUAUCAACCCUCCUACGCCUCAAGCAAGUGCAAGUGAGUAAGCUCAUUUUUGAAAACGAUGCCAUCAGAAAUCGGAUUUCCAAUGACUUUGACAAGCGGUGCAUUUGCCAACAAAAAGGGCAAUAAACAGACCAUCCAUGAAUUACAGAACAAUCUUGAUAGCAGCUGUAUUUCAUUUUGUACAUAAAAUGGAAAAAGACCGUUUAAAACAUCACAAGAUGACACAAAACUCUGUCAGCUUCGGCUAUCAGUAAGCAAGUUUCCAGACGCUGCAGAAUUUUUCCGCGUGAACUCACCUGUCAAAUUGUGACUAAUUAGAACACAAAAAGUGGACUUAGAGCGUGAUCAACGCGUGACAGUGAGAAAAGUCAAAAGCGAUUGCCUUCCCUGCAUAUAGAAGCCGGUUGAAUUUUCACGUCCGAGGUCAGUUCGAAAUCAAAAUUUGAAAAGUGCGGCUCAUGAACGCAACUUAUUUCAUAUGCAUUUUAAAAAAAAUUGAACUUGAGCCUGGGAUCAUUUGAAAAGUAGCAACUUGUCAGCGGAUAACUUCUAAAACACUCGAACUCAGUGGGUCGAUACCUGAGCCCGCGAUACGGUCAGGUGAUAUUGGUCAGCAGAGACACUAUUUUGACAGUUGUCAAUUAAUCAAAACGUGGAUGUACAAUAUCAGGUUGCAGGCUCCCAAACUAGCUAGAAAGUGUGAGAUUAAGCAUUGGCAUGCCUGUGGUGCGGACGGAUGGACGGUUGGGUAGUCGGUGUACGGUCACGUGAUUGCGUAAUUUUUUAGGAUGGAGAGAUUUUCUUAGCUAUGGGCCUUUGAACUGAGCCCGUGAUCAAAUAAAAUAUCAGCAGAAAACUUUAAAAACUACGUGACGUCAAUGGAUAGAAAAAUGAGCCCGCGAUACAAUCAGGUGGUGAUGGUCAGCGUAUACUCUAGUUUGACAGCUGUCAAUUAACCUUCAUUAGAAUUGCGAAUAUUCGAAUUAACAGACUACGACUGUGAGUACGACAUAUCCGUCCGGCUUGUUGUGGAAAAUGCCAGAUCGUGUACCUGAGCGAGCCUGAGCCCACGUUAUUAGUUUGCUGAUAGUGGUCUGCACAUAUCCCAUUUUGACUGCUGUCAAUUAACCCUAAUUUGGCUUGCCAAUAUAACUUUAAACGACUGUUAGCCGACUGACAGCCCUGCCCGGGGUAGUUUCGUUUUUAUGUUGAAUUGGUAAGUGUGACAUGUUAUAUCAGCUUAUAUGUAGGGGCAAAACGACUGGUCUUUCAUCUGAGCCCGCGAGAUGGUAAUAAUUGUCAGCGGAUGUCUGGUUUUGACAGCUGUCAAUCUAAUCGUACUCAUUCGGAUAGCUUACAAAACUGAAAGGCUAGUCAAGUUAUGCAAGAUCUAUUGUGACAUUUGAUUUCGGCUUACAUGAAGUGUGUGUACGGGUGGGCGGGCGUACGCUACGUCAUAACCAAAUUUUCUCGGAUGAAUAGUUUACCAAAUUUUGUUUCCCAUGCUACUCCGCUUCGCGCGCGGGAGCUCCACUAUAAUCAUAAUCUUUAUUCGGAGUAAAGUGUCGUGGACAUUGAUUUUUAAGCUAUUUUUGGACAUUUGACGCAUUUCACACGGUAAACUAUUCCAGAUUUUUACACCAUAUCUUGAAAAAGACUUAGUUUGUUUGUCUAACCUUGAGUGUUUAACAUAAUAGUCAACCCUUGAAGAUGAUCUUGUAAUAUAUGAAUGAAUAUUAGAUUGGGAAGCAAAUAAGUUAGAUGUGAUAGCAGAUGUUAAGCUGUUAGAUAUAUCAUGCAUUAGAAUAGCAACGGAUUUAUAGUAGAGUAGAUUUAAGGGAAAUAAGAAAGCUAGAGGAGACAAAACAAGGUACUGCAUGAGAAUUGUAGUCACCAAAGAACAUGAGGCGGAGAGCACGUUUUUGAAGAAUAAAAAUUUUGUUUUUGAAGAAUAAAAAUUUUGUUUUUGUAAGUUUUCUUUUAUAGAGCUAACAGUACAGCAGAGAAAUCCUUAAGACACUGAAUAUUCUCCCAGUAUCAUUUAUAAUUUACAGUUUGAAGAGAGCAAUUUCUGGUUUGUAAUUUUUUAUUCUUUUAUUAGUCUUUUAUUAUUCAACAAUAAUAACACUUGGCAUCCUACUUGCUUUAUUAUACAAACGACCGGUUUCAAUAGACCGGCGAAAUUUCUCAUUUUAUUAAAGCACAGAGGUUACCACAACUUCGAGUUAAACUGAUUUCACGGGUUGUCAAAGAGUUCAGCGAUUCCCUUUUCCCAGGUGAGCGCCGACUCAUUUCGCUUCAAUAUUGAGAAAUGCUCUCGAUCUCUUUACGCUUUCAUUGCCUUUCGCCCGACAUGUUUGCACGGCGUUUAGUCAUGCGAAACCUCCACGAAACAUCCACGCAGCGCGCGAGGUAACUUUAUCCCGAUUCUAAAACUAACUCGAGACGAAUUACCUAUGGAAUAGGGUGUGUAUAGGGGAUGUCUUCUCUGUCCCCUUUAUCCUCUCUUGCUCUAAAUUUCAUCUUUCCUAAAGCCUGGUUCACACUUUGGACAUAAUGACAUAACGAACGACAUAAGAGGGUCGUUAUAUCGCAAGCGUGAACAUGUAGACAUAACUUCAUAACAGCAACAUAACGACAUCGACAUAACGACAUAAGGAAAAAACUGAUCAUUUCCUUAUCUCGUUAUGUCGUUAGGUUUCGGUUAUGCAAGCUAAAAACAAGUGUGAACACUCUUCGACGAUAUGAUACGGUACGAUACUUUAUUUAACAUGGAUAUUACGCCUAGCUGUUAGCUAGUUUACAGGUAAUCCACGGCCCUAAUUAUACUCUAAUUAUAUUCCUAAAAUUUAAAAUUCCAAAACAAAACAAAACAACAACAACAACAAGAAUUAUAUUGCAAAAAUUUAAAAUUAAAAACUAAAAAUGUACAAUAAUUCAUCAUAUGAAAACUGUAAAAGCUAAGAAUCGAUUAAACAACAACAACAACAAGAAACAGGCAGCAAUCACUAUCAAUCCCGAUUUCAGUCAAUACUUAAGCAUGCUUUAAUUCUAAUAAUGUCAUUUGCUAGCUUGUUCCAUUUCUUAGCGGCAAAAUAUCUCCAGGAUUUGAGACCGUAUUUACUCGUGCUAACUUUAGGCAAUGAAAGGAUAUAAUCAUGUCGAAGAUUGUAUUUGGAUGAGAGUAAGGUGAUAAGAUCUCUAAUUGCGGGUAGAGCUUUGUCUGAUAUACUAUUGUUUAUUGUCAAUAGCAUGUCUUGGAUUCUUCGAGUUUCCAAUGAUGGGAGUCCAUCAACUAACGACAUAUCAAAGAACCAAUCAGAGCGUCUCAGAAAUAUCGAACGUAGUCUCCUUCGCUCAAGCACAAUUUUCAAGAUGGCGGCUGCAGGGGAGGUUGAAUGAGGUGAUGAACGUAUGCAUCCAGAUAUCAACGAACUGCUUUCCGAAGCUGUUCGUCGAUAUCCCAUUCUAUACGUACGACAAAACUCUCAAAGAGUUUAAAGAUCGCAAGAUGAAAUCGCAGAAACUUAAGAUAUCUCAGUUCACCUAUAGAAUGUUGGCAAUUUUACCUGAAAUAAUAUUCCCUGUCACCCAACCCAAGCUCUUUGACAAGGUUAUAGUACUGGCUAUUUGCUCAUACUACAUAGCCUAUAUAAGGGACUGCCCCCCGGGGCGAAAAACGCGUUGCAGAUUAUGAAUCUCGCUGCUUACGCAAGCGACACUAAUAAACCAAGUGUUUCGUUGUUUCUUAAUGAGAGAGACAAGUUGUGAUUGAAUAGACACAAUUUCUUAGUAGUAUAUUUUUGUGUAGCGAAUUUAAGUUAGCGAAUAUUUACUCUCGAGUUAAUUUUUUAGUGUUGCUGCAAAAACGUUUGCGGUAAUUUUUAUUUGCGGGAGCUUAUUUUUGCGGAUCGCUGGAAAAACCGCAAAAAUCGCGAAAAUUACAACCGCAAAAAUUUCGUGCCACACAGAAUUGCUUCUUGCUGCUCUUUCUUAAGUAACAUGUCAGAUUUGUACUGUAUCGGCGAACAAAACCUGCAAUUCUUUGUUUGCUGUUGGGAAGGUCGAGAAAUUGGCGAAAGGUUGCUUUACUUCAAUUUCAGCUUCUAUAAUAUCUAAGAGUCUACGUAGUUACUUCCAGUUGUAUCCUGAUUAAGCAGUUUUUUUUUUGUUCGUGGCCAGAGCUCCGAUUUUAAUAGCCUGCGUGGCAGGCGUUUGAAAGGGAAGGGGAAGGGACUUAGGGCGCCAGACCACGCGCGAGGGAGGACGGAGGAGGGAAACGCCUGAAAGGAAGCCAUUGUUUUCGCCAUCCCGCCUACCGAUUAAAAAAAUAACAAAAAUAACUGUGACGACUAGCUGUCAAAUAAGUCUAGCCGCGAUGCGCAUAAUUAUUGUCCUCGCACUGUUUUUCUUUUGUUUUCCUAAAACAAGAAAUCUAAAGUAAACGUACUAUAAAAAUAAGUUCAAAUGCGGUCGUCCAUCGAAGGAAUCUUCCUUGAAAUUAAAGCUGCAACGAAGCGUGCCAAGUUACGUAAAAUCCAGCAUAAAUCUAUUGAAGUUGUUGCUGAAGGAAUCGGGCUGGAAAACUAUUUAACAAGAAAUGUAGCGGCUCUUCGCAACUUUCAAUGCAAUUUGUCUAAGAAAAAUUAAAACACUUUGUCGUCUCGCACCCUUUGAAUUUCCAUCAGGACGAAUUGGAUCCGUUGAUAACGCGGGUCAAACAGCAGAUAACAAGCUAGGCUGUGCACAGGCUCUCUGUUUGGGGAAAAAAAGAAAGGAAAGGGAAGGGAAAGGGCUUUUCCAUCUCCCUAGUUCCCCGCUCGACCAAAGGCCUGUUCACAGGCUAAUAACAAGCACACAGACAGCUUAAUUUUUCCUUUCUUUCUUCUGGCGAGUAAAACCGACAAGCCAUUAGGAGAUGAUACUUUUCAGAACCAGUCAGUAAAACUCAUCUGCUGACAGGCCUUUUCCUUCAUACAGUUCUUCAACUGCUUUUUUCUAUUCUCCUUUUAAGCUGAAAUUGUUGCCUUCUAACGAUGAAUUCCCGUAGAGAAAUCUCAUCAUGCUUCACUAACGACAUAUGUUUAGUUACUCAAAUGGCGUGAUGUUGAUUUCAGCCAAUCGGAGAAAGGUAUUAAGUCGAAGAUUGGCAUUUGAUUAAUUCCGACCAAUCACUAUUUUCACGCUCAGAAUCUGAGCAUAAAAAUGGACAAAACAAUGGCGUCCUUGCAGGCGUUCUUUUCCUUUCCCACUCUCGCAACCCACGUGCUCUCGUGCACCCAAAUUCCCCCUUCCCCUUUUAACGCCUGCCACGCAGGCUACGAUUUUAAGUGCUAGGCGACUUUGAGAGACGCGUGCUUCACAUAUUUGCGGCGGAUUAGAAUGCCGGCUUUGUCAGAAGCCCUUUGUUUAAAACGCGGCGGGAAACUCGCAGCUUAAGGCAAGCACAUGCCUUGCAGCUGUCAACAUAAUGCCUUUUAAUUACGUCCUGUCAUCAUUAACAAGAUCCGAUCCAUGUUUGAUUGAAAGUAAUUGUACAAAUCUGGUACCACAAAAACCGCUUUUAAAGAAAAACAAAACUGGCUUAUGGUUAAUUCUCAUUACUUUCACUUAUCAAAACACUGAUAAGUACUUUUUUCAAUUUUCCCUUUUUUUCAAAACAUCCUUCAUUUCCAGGCGUUUCACUGUAGUCAAUGAAAGACACGUUUUAGCAGUCUUCUUUUAGGCGGGAAUAUCUUAAUUUCCACCUUUAAAAACGCGAUGAACCAAAGCACAGGGUACCAAAGCGUCAAAGGCGCACGAUACAGUCCUGGUGUUUUAUGAGCACCCGAUAAAAAUAUUGAACGCCAGAACUAUCGCGUUUUCGUACAACGAGGGACAGCUAGUUUCUGUACCCAAAGGUCAGUGCAUAGACAGGCUAUCGAAGGAAUACAAGAGGGAUGCUUGCCCAUGGUUAGCAGGCCUAUCUACGCAAAUAUAUGUCUCAUUACAUCCUUGUCUGCGAAGUUAGUACUAAAUUUACACUCUAGAGUGCAUUACACGACCCAAUCAGCCACACUUUGCAAGUAGAAUUAGCGAUCAGUGUAGGCAAUUUAUAUUUCUAAGGGACGCCCGUCGCACAAAGGCCGAACGAGCGGGGGAGCUCGGGGGGUUUUAGUCAAUGACAGGCAUAGCAGUUUUCCUCAAAAUCGAUGUAGUUAGAGUGCGAUAACGUACGCGUGAACUUUGCCUACAAAUGGCAAUAAGCUCAAUAAACCGGAAGCUGAACACUAUGAAUAACUUACUAAAUCAAGUCGCUCAAGUUUUUAGUUGGAUACUAAAAUUGUAUUUUCUUAAGUACAGGAGAGAUUUUUCGCGCAUUCUCUUGCGCAGUUUAGCAGUGAUAAUACCGAGCAUCAGACAGGUUACGCACCGAAAGCCACCAUUUUACUCUUCUUCUACCAAACGGUUUUCUGGCAAUGGUCUUAGUACUGGUCCCCUUGCCGAAGCCUUGCACGAGCAAGAUACGGUCAACUUGAAAGAAUCGAUAUUAUACUCGGGACAAGAAAAGGUCGCCGUCGAAGGAAAUGAGCGUGAAAAAGGUAUUUAUUCAUUUACUUUUUCUCUGGGUAUUUAGGAGACUGUAUCGAUUUGGAUCUUGGAAUUGGAAGUGGAAAAAUCCCAGAUAACAGUAUAACCGCCUCCUCUGAGAUAUCAGAAGCCAAGAAUGGACGUUUGAACGAAAUAAAAGCAUGGUGUGCGUCUACAGAAGAUGCUAAACCUUAUUUACAAAUAGACCUGGAAACCAUCCAUAUUGUCUGUGCUGUGUCAACACAAGGAAAUCCAAAUGCAGAUCAGUGGAUAGAGACCUACACAAUCCAGGUAUCAACGGAUGGAACAAACUGGAAAGAUUAUAAGGAACAUGUUCAAAAUAAGGUACGUUUCUACAUUCCUUCCACUUUAUCUAUGCCAACUCUUGUGUACAAAAAACAACAACAACAACAACAAAACCGAUAACAAACACAAACCAAAUAGUGUGAAAUGAAAACGGGCGAACAAAACAGAAACAACAAACAAACGGAAAAAGAGCCAUUUGAGAUUGGUUUAUCGGACGGAUAUAUACAAACGUGCGUAGCUUUUGGUUGGUUAAGCGAACGCUCGGGUGAAAUAACGUCGAGCACGAGAACUUUCUAGAAAUUAGUCGAUACUUCGUUUUGACGUCAUACUGCAACUUAGAUUUUGCAAGAUUAUUGACCGUAAAAUUCGGUUACAUAUUUUACACAUAUUGCAGAACGUAAGGACAAAAAUAAAAUUUGGUUCAUAAACACUUAAACUGAAAAGCUUUGACUUUUGCAAAACGAGGAACUCUUUCGAAAUGUAAAUGAAAAGAGUUUAUCUGUUACGUUCUAUUGCCUUAGUAUGAAAUUAAAAUUCGAUUAGAAGAGCUGGUUGAUUCUUUAGCCUAAUUACGAUAAUAAUGAUGUUGAUUGCAGCACUAAUAAAAUUGACAUGACUAGUCGAAAGGACAAUGAUAAAAGCACUAUAAUUCUGUGAAAAUGACAAUUUCAAACUUCCCUGGUUGUUGACGCAAUCUCUGCGGAAAUAGCUACAGUGAAACCUGUAUUAAGCGGACACCCUCGGGGAAUGCUGUAGUGUCUGCUUAAUACAGGGUGUCCGCCGAAUACAGGUGUCGAUAGAUAACGUCAUAUGAGGAGUCAAAUGCCAUUCAAAUGAACAGUGGAAACCUUCAGGAUAUUCCCAGAGACUAUGACGAUAUACGUUUACAUUAAUUUCUUUAUUAAAGUGGACCAAUUGAUCAUAGUACCAAAAACAGAUAUUACAACUCAAAUUUGAAGAAAUCAGAUGAGUGAAACAAGCUCUAUAGAAACAAAACGAAGUAGAAAACAAUACUGUACUGUGAAACUAAUCAAAUAAGUUCGUCGAAUAACGUUCUUUAAUGUAAAAAUCGAAAAAUUUGUGGGUGGCAAUCUUUCGCAUUUCCGGCGUCUGGCAUGUUGGGUGGUGGAAUUUAUUUACAAGUGUCCGUUUAAUACAGGUGGUCAACAAUAGAAAUGACCAUUUCACAUAUGUUUCAGGUACUUUUUAGGUGUCCGCGUCCGCUUAAUACAGGAGACCGCUUAAGAAAGGUUUUAUGUAAACUAAAUAAGGGAAAUAAAUUUGGGGACUUCGGCUCCUGUCCGCUUAAUAGAGGGUAUCCGCUUAAUACGGUGUCCGCUUAAUAUAGGUUUCACUGUAGAAAACAAUACUGUACUGUGAAUCUAAUCAAAUAAGUUCGUCGAAUCACGUCUUUUUAAUGUAAAAAUCGAAAAAUUUGUGGGCGGCAAUCUUUCGCAUUUCCGGUGUCUGACAUGUUGGGUGGUGGAAUUUAUUUACAAGUGUCCGUUUAAUUCAGGUGGUCAACAAUAGAAAUGACCAUUUCACAUAUGUUUCAGGUACUUUUUAGGUGUCCGCGUCCGCUUAAUACCGGAGACCGCUUAAUACAGGAGACCGCUUAAUAAAGGUUUUAUGUAAAGUAAAUAAGGGAAAUAAAUGUGGGGACUUCGGCUACUGUCCGCUUAACAGAGGGUGUCCGCUUAAUACGGUGUCCGCUUAAUAUAGGUUUCACUGUAUGUUGCUCUUUAUAAAAACCCUGGGUAAAUGGUAAAUGUAGGUGCGUACUUAUUUUCCUUUUUUUGAAAUGUAAUAGAUUGACUGUAUCUAUUUUGACGCUUUAAAUAUGACUGAACUGUUGUAUUGUGGUUAGACUUUCACAGGUAACAACGACAGAAAUACAGAAAAUAAAAACAUCCUCUCCGAGGGUGUUUUAGCGAAAACGCUGAGAUUCAUUGGUUAA